AGCCACAUGUAGGGGAACCUCCUUACUAUUUUCUACAGUUCACACGUUUACAACCCAAAACAUUUAUAACACAUUUGAUCGUUACGAACAAUCACAGAAAAAGUUCGAUCUGAAUUGUAGCUUAUCAUGAUGAUAGGUGUCCAAGUGACAGUUUGUGUGUCUAUUGUGGCAGUGCUAGUGACGUCUGUCGCCUCGUUAUACAGUAAAAGUGAUGAUGUUGUAGAACUUACACCGAGUAAUUUCAAUCAGAAAGUUAUCAAUGGAGAUGAACUGUGGUUGGUUGAAUUCUAUGCACCAUGGUGUGGACAUUGUAAAAGUUUAGCUCCAGAAUGGAAGAAAGCAGCCACUGCUCUUAAGGGAGUAGUGAAGAUUGGAGCAGUAGAUGCUGAUGAACACAAGAGUCUGGGCGGUCAAUUUGGUGUCCGAGGUUUCCCAACCAUCAAGAUCUUUGGUGCUAAUAAAAACAGUCCCUCAGAUUAUAAUGGAGCAAGAAAUGCCCAGGGUAUUGUAGAUUCUGCCAUGUCCACGUUGAAAUCCAUGGUGAGCUCUAGAUUGAGUGGUGGUAGUGGAGGAGGAAAGAAGAGUGGUGGAGGCAAGAAGGCAGGAGAUCCAAAAGACGUCGUUACCUUAACAGACUCUAAUUUUGAAGAGUUGGUUAUAAAGGGCAAAGAUCCAUGGAUGGUUGAAUUCUAUGCUCCAUGGUGUGGUCAUUGUAAAAACCUAGAACCUCACUGGGCCUCGGCAGCCUCAGAAUUGAAAGGAAAAGUCAAAUUAGGAGCUUUAGAUGCUACAGUUCAUACUGUCAUGGCAGGCAGAUACCAGGUAAAAGGAUUCCCAACUAUAAAGUUUUUCCCCGCUGGAAGUAAUGGAGAUGCUGAAGAAUAUGAUGGUGGCCGAACAUCCUCAGAUAUUGUCAGCUGGGCCAAUGAAAAGGCAGCCGCUAAUUUACCUCCACCAGAAGUUGUCCAGAUCGUAUCCGAGUCCACUGUAACAGAGAACUGUGAAGGGAAACAACUCUGUGUAGUAUCAAUUCUACCUCAUAUACUCGACUGUCAAUCAAAAUGUAGAAACGCCUACGUAAAAACUUUAAAAGCUAUGGGAGAAAAAUUCAAAAAACAUCAGUGGGGAUGGAUUUGGGCAGAAGCCGGUGCUCAGAUGGAAUUAGAAGAAGGGUUAGGUAUUGGAGGAUUUGGCUAUCCAGCUAUGGCAGCAGUUAAUAUCAGAAAGAAAAAAUAUUCUUUAUUAAAAGGUGCCUUCAGUGAAAAUGGAAUCAAUGAAUUUUUAAGAGAUCUGUCAUUUGGUAAAGGUGCGUCUGCUCCUCUGAAGAGUGCUGAACUACCAAAAGUUGUUAAAACUGAAAAAUGGGAUGGAAAAGACGGAGUGUUGGAAGUGGAAGAGGACAUAGAUCUGAGUGAUGUAGAAUUGGAUGACAAGGAUGAAUUAUAGAUAGAACUGUAGCGGUUAUUUAAGACUGGGUGAUUGUGUCUGAAUGAAGAAUGUUUGAUGGGCCUGUUUGAUUGGUAUAAUUGAGAGUAUGUAUGAAAUGGUCGUGUUUGAUUGAUCAAGAUAUAUAUUUUUGUGUUUAUCUUUUAGUCUAGUUUACUUUUAAAUAUUUCCAAGCCACCCCUAAACUCAACUUACCCACAAAACCUUUCUGCAAUUGGGGUUGUCAACUCUGCAUCUCUUUGAGUCCUGUGAAGCGAAACUAUUAGUAACUGAACAAAUUCAAAGCCAUCCCAGCCAAAAUAUACAGUCUUUUAUAAGCCCUUCCUUACUACGCAUAGAAAUUUUCCCAUAUUUUUUAUCAAUUUGAAGUAAUUUUCCCUAAACUAUGCAUUAAAGUGCUCAAAUCUGUUGAAAACCCUCCUCAUGUAUCAGGAACAACGCAAUCAUUUUGUAUAAGAUAUCAUUAUUGUGUAUUUUGGUACAUCUGAUUGGUUAAAAUUGUGUUCUCUUGAUUUUUCAUUGGCUGAUAUAUUUGUUGUAUUUUAUCAUGUGAUGUGAAAAACUCAUUUGUUUGUUAAUUGGUUUCAAAUAAAACCUUUCAACUCUU